AGAAGAACUUCGUUGCAAUCCCCCCCACCUCUCCUCCCUCACCUCGCCCAUCAUGAGAAACAGGGCCACUACGCCGUUGAAGCCGGUGAACAAGCCGAGAAUCCGGCAGUCAUGGAGCAAAUACAACCUGUUUAACAUCAAUCGGAUGCAAAACCCCAACACCUUCUACCGGACGUUCUUCCAGCAAAAAUGGAUGGCCAAAUCCCUGGCCCGGUCCUACCACGGCGAACAACUGCCCGAGAAGCAGUGGCAGCGCAUGUUCAGCCCCCGGAUUCGCAGCGUCGUGCCCAUGGACCCCUACAGAUUGGCCGCCGACGACGGCUCCGCCAUGUCGGCCGGUCGUGGAUCCGGUCUCACCGGUCCGAGGGGCAGCAAUCCCCGCCCGAUUCCCUUCUCUCAGAUGACGUUUGCGCCUUUGGAGCGUCGGCUGGACGUCGCCGUCCACCGCGCCUUGUUUGCCAGCAGCACCCGACAGGCUCGGCAGUUCGUGGUCCACGGUGCGGUCACGGUUAAUGGAAAGAAGAUGAGAUACCCCGGCUACCUUCUUAACCCCGGCGAUCUUUUCCAGGUCGACCCCGAACGUGUUAUGUACGCCACCGGUGCGCCCAAGGACAAGCACGAGCGUCGCGAGAGCCGUGUCGCCCGGAGAAAGGCCGCGGAGACGCCGGCGGAGGGCGAGGGCGCCGAGGAGGGCGCCGCUGCCGAGGAAUCGAGCGAGAAGAAGGAAACGGAGACGGAGGUCGACAACAAGAAGGCCGAGGAGGAAGACCCGCGGGAAACGUUGAAGGCUCUGCUGGCUCAGGCCAAGGUCAUCAUGGGCAGUAACAAGGAGGUGCUCCCCGCCAAGCGCAAGCAGGAGUUGCGUGGAUUCCAGAAGGCCAUCAAGCGAGUCCUGUCUCGUUCCGACUCCAGCACCAUCCUGGCGGACAGCUUGGAGGCGCAGUUCUCCCAGCUGACCCUGCUCUUGAAGGCCAAGAGGGCCGAGGCCAAACAAUCGAAGAAGUCCGAGCAACCCAAGGAAUCCGCGCAGGAGCAGUCACCCGAGAAGCCUGCCGCUGCCCCCGAGGCUGCGUCCACCGAAGCUACGGCCAACGAGAACAAGCUUGGCGAGGCCCUGACCGAGGCCUUCCGACAGGCCGCAGAGAACCCCGACGCCGACGUGGACACGUCCGAGCUCAGCGACGAAGAGUUCAACGUGCUCAAGCGGGCUCUUGUGCAGAUGCGCGACAACCCCAUCGACAGCACCAAGCCCUACGCCACUCCCUGGCGUCCUCGCGACUACAUGAGCGCUUUCGCCUUCAUCCCGCGGUACCUAGAAGUCAACCACAACAUCUGCGCGGCCGUGUACCUGCGACACCCGGUGGCCCGGCCUGGCAUUUCGGAAGUGCCUUCGCCGUUCAGCGAGUCUGUGGGCACCUUGGCCUAUACCUGGUACUUGCGCCGACGGUAAAGGUUGCGAUAAACUCUGCAUGAUUUCUAUUUCUUAUCGACUGGGCAAUGCUCCAGUCUUGUAUUACUGGGUCUCUCUCUGGGCUGAUUUUUAGUUGUUUUUGAUCUUGUUCGGUGCUUAGCCAUGUAUCUACUACGUACUCCUUUUUUUUCUAUCUCUUUACACCUUAUCUACCUGACUCCUGCCACCCACAUCUUGGAUUGUUUUCUAGAGGGACGAAAAAGGGACGGACAGACGGCGUGAUGUGACGACGGGGAAGGCCGGAAGGAAGAAUCUGUAUAAUCAAAGCUCUAUCGAAUGGAACGGCAUGUAAAU